UAUAGAUACACAUUCGCGCGGACAGUAACUGAUAUGUCAUUUGCCCUUUUUAUCCCUUUCCCAUCUUCGAUUCUGUGAUCAACAUUUCAUAAUCCGUUUUCAAUCAGACACAAAUCUAGGGUUAGGGUUUCGUCUAUCACUCUGCACCGAACGCAAUCGAUUGAAGAAAGAGAGAGAGAACAUGUGGCACGAAGCGAGGAGAUCGGAGAGGAAGGUCCACGACAUGAUGGACGCGGCUCGGAAGAGAGCUCAGAGACGAGCCGUCUUUUUGGCCAAGCGGCGGGGCGAUCCUCAGCAAUCCAUCCAGGUCGCCGGAUCUCGCUGCCGCAUGUAUCGAGACGACGGCCUUUACCAAGCCUCUGAAGAUCAGCAAGGCCUGAUACCUUGGAAUGGGAAACAAAAUAUUUUGAUUGACAGAUUUGAUGGCCGUGCUCUUCUUGAUUUCAUUCGCGAUUCUGAAUCCCGACGUUUUCGGGUCCUAGAAAAAACAGAGGAAGAAGAAGAAUUAGAAGAGUUUGUUAAUUUUGAGCGUUAUCGGGAUUUAAUUAAGCAUCGGCGUAGAGGAUUUGCUGAUGAGGAGGGUUUGCAACAUGUCAAUCAAGAGAUGGAGGCAAAGAUUGCCACUCCAUUUGGAUCAGACAGAUCUCAUCAUCCGGCUCAGCCUCCGGCAAACAAAGGUUCAUAUUCGCAGGUGGGUUUUUCUUAUGAUGGGGACGGAAAAGAGGAAACACAUUAUUCAGAUGGUGAUGACAAUGAUGAGGAUGACGACGAUGAAGAUGACGACGAUGAGGAUUUUAACAGUGAUGAUAGCAAUGAUGAAGCGAUGGAAACAAUUGCAAAAGAAUUUGGAGUCAAGAGGUAUGGCUGGCUUGUUUACAUGGAUAAAAAAGCUAAAGAGGAGGAAAGGAGGCAAAAAGAAGUGGUGAAAGGGGAUCCUUCAAUUAGGAAGCUUAGUCGCAAGGAAAGGAGGAAGGCUUCUCAGAUAGAAAGAGAAAGGGAAAGAGAAGCUGCACGGAUUACUGGGACUCGUGUGCUUCAGCAUGAUCCUUACCGGGAGCCUAGGCGAAGUCCAACGUAUGAAGCUUAUUCUCGUUCUAGAAGAUCAAGAUCAAGGUCACGGUCGCCGUCACACUCAAGGCGCUAUUCUCGUGGUGUUAAUUCGGAUAAUAUGCAUCGAAGCAAAUCAAAGGCAUCUAAGAUAGAGUAUAUUACUGAAUUUGGGGGCUCUGCUGAAGGGAAUGAUCCAAAGCGCGAAGGAUUCUCUCCACCAUCAUCUCCUCCGUCCCAAGCUGAUAUUUUGAACCGGCCAUCAUCUGGUCGCAUACUUGAGGCUCUGCAUGUUGAUCCUGCUUCUGGUGUAUCCCUUGACAAGGAAAAGAACACUAAAUUGUUGAAAGCAUCAGUGAGUACGUCCUCAGCAUUAGCAAAGUUAAGUAAGUCGACCAGCAGUAUAGGCCUCUCUAAACAACAAGGGGAGAAGAAAGAAACACCUCAAGAGCGACUUAAGCGGAUCAUGAGCAAGCAAUUAAACAAACAAAUUAAAAAAGAUACGGCUAUUGAAAUGGCUAAGAAACGAGAACAGGAGCGGCACAGGCUUGAAAAACUUGCAGAAACAAGCCGAUUAAGUCGACAUAGGCGCCACAGCCGCAGUGGCAGCUACAGUCGAUCUCCUCCAAGAAGAUACAGGCGCAGCAGGAGUCCAAGCAGAGGCACAUCUCGAAGAUAUUAUUCUCGUUCACGAUCGCGGUCUUGGUCCCGCUCUCAGUCUCCUUCCCGCUCUCACUCUCGUUCUGUCUCCCGCUCCCCCAGGGUUAGAAGCCGUUCACGGUAUUGAAAUGAUAUUGCAGCUUUUUGUAUUGAGGAUAACAAGUGUGGGUAACUUAAGUAGCUCUGGAUAAUCUAGCAGCUUUUGCUUCAAUCUCUUAUGGCCUGAGAGUUUGAAGGGAGAUGGAGUUGGACAGUCUUGUAGAAUGAGUUAUGUUCUGUUCUUUUGCUCAAACAUGUUGAUCGUCAACUUUAGUUGUAUGUAGUAUAAAUAUGUACCCAGUGAUUCAAUGUUAUUGGCAUUGCCUGCUUGAAGUAGGGGUUGAUUUACCCACAAUACCCCGCAAAGUGGUGCAUAUACAUGGAGAAUUCAAUGCAUUGUUUGGAUUGAACAGACAGAUUAUAAUAUUUUUUUGGGCUUCUUCCUCGGAAAA